CAUACAUAUCGAUGUUUGUGUAGCCAUAAGAAAAACGUAAACAAGAGAAGUAUCUAAAAGAAAGUCAUUUUUGUUUUUGUUGUUUAUUGAACUAUUGAAUUUUUGUGUUUUGUAAUAUCGUCACUGGACAUGAUGGCAAACAACGACCCACAACUGGACAAGGAGAAUACACAAUUUCAUCAGUCUGAAUUUGUUCCAAAUGCCAGUGGAGCAACAAAAUCAUAUUGUGCAUUUCUGCCAAAACUGAUAAUACCACAGCUAAAGGUGCCACAGCGGGUGACUGACAUGACGGACAUGACAGCCGAGUCGAUCGCUGCCCAGGAGGAGCAGCAUCGUGCAGCAGAUGCCCACAAUGAGAUGCUGCUCAAUGAAAUCAAACGGCGUCGAGAGCAAAACGAUAGCCAUGGCAUGGGAAUAGGAGUGGGACUGGGACUUGGAAGGGGCAGCAUCAGUGUGCCCAAGUUGCGUACUUCUGGACAAUCGCUGGAUAAGCCGCAGUUCAAUAUUCCGUUGCUCAACAAACUGCACAGCCAAAACAAUUCUUUGGCAGUUAACCAAUUAGAGCGAGACGUCAACAAACUAAAGAUUACUACAGACGAUUGCCAAUAUUUAAGGGAACAGCCGCAGCAGCAGCAGGAACAACCUACAGCUCUCAUCGAUCUGACCAAGACAGUUAUCGCUGUCCACAAGGAUGCACUGCCUCGCGAGGCGGCAACCAAGGUACGCAACAGGACGGCUGUAGUUACGGAGCAUUUUGAUAUUCCAUUCAUAAGCUGCGAUAUCCUGCGCAAUCGCCUCUCUGUCGAUAUACUGUCCAAGAAACGACAGACGGACGGAAUGGAAACGGAAUCUGAAUCGCCUAUCAUUCAAAUUGUUGUGAAAUCAAGUAUUGUUGGCGAGUUUAUCGAUAGGACUGUGGGAUAUCCAAAACCGCGAAAACCGCAACUUAAAUACGCCGUUACGCCACUGGAAUUGCUGCAUUUGAAGAUGUGCAAGCGAGAGGAUUACGGCUCCAAUAUAAAACGCUUUUGUUUCGAUACUCCGUCGCCCGAUGAGAAGGUCAAAGAGGCAUUGCAGAAAUCAUGGCGUAUAUCACGCACCUAGUCUUAACAUAAAUGUACAUGUUGACAUUAAAAAUUAUUUAAUAUGUAUAU